GUGACGUUGCGUCACAACACCUGCCUGACGUCAGUAGCCGGAGUUCCGCGUGUUCGGAUGUGUUGUUAAUAUCGUACGUGGAUGUGGAAUAUGAUGGAAAGUCGAGGAGUUUCAUCGAUUAUAUUUGACUUGGAUAACACGCUGGUCGAUACAGCCGGCGCAGGACGAAUUGCCAUUGAGAAGGUGUGUGAUUUGCUGAAGUCGACGCGUGUACAGGAAAGCCACGUCAAAGACAUCUGUCAUCGCUUUUUACGAAAGCUUCUCCACGAAACGUUCGACCCAUCAGAAGGAAAAACAAUAGAUGAUGUGAGGAUCCAUCACUGGCAUGAAGCCCUACAGGAGACGCAGGGCACCGAUCCUGAUCCGGCUCUUGCCAACAGCUGCUACUACACAUGGAAGAACACACGAUUACAGGUGCUGACUCUUUCUCCUGAGGUUCGAUCUCUCCUGGAGGAACUGCAGAAGAACUACAAACUGCUUCUGCUCACCAACGGCGAUACUCAGACGCAGUGGGAGAAGAUCGAAGCGGUGAGAUGUGAGGGUCUCUUUAGUUUGGUGGUGGUCGGAGGAGAUCAUCCUGAGCAGAAACCGGCGCGCUCCAUCUUCACUCACUGCUUCGAGUCUGCGGGAGUCCAGCCGCAGGACUGCAUCAUGGUGGGAGAUUCUCUCGGCACAGACAUCCAGGGAGGCAUUAAUGCAAGAGUGCGGGCCACUGUGUGGAUAAACAGUGACUGUAAAUCUCUCCCGCAGGGCUCUGUGACUCCAGACUACACUGUUCCUAGUGUACUGAAACUGAACGAUGUUCUGCUUGAACUGAGUUGAUGUUUACAUAAACAUACAGAUUUUUUUUUUUUAAGAAAAAUGUGAUGGUUUAUAUUAGCGGCUUAGAAAAAAACUUUUAAUCUAAAAAAAAUAAGGGCGGUUCUCUCUUACAGUGGCCACAUGACCAGCCAAGUGACACUGAAUGACAAUAUGAAUGUUCGACUUGGGAGUGGUUCAUUUCAUACCAAUUAUUCUUUCUAUGGCAAUAAUAUUAACUCCAAAAUGAAUCUGUAAUUUGAUCAGUAGACAAAACCACACUACAUUAAGUAACGGUGAUUAUGUAAAUGCAUUUUUAAUACAGUUUUAUUGAACAGGACAUUUGGCAUUAGUUAUCCAGCUCUGUUCUAGCAACAUUAAACUCUAUUGUAUGUCUCUUAUGUUCAGAUUAUAAUUGCAUUAUUAAGAUGUUAAAAGUACCAAAUUGUUGGAAUUGUUAAAGCGAAAUGUUCCCAGAAAUGUAUUUGCCAGUACUUCAAAAAUCAAUUAAAUUGUGGAAUGAAUUAAUCAUGGGUGAUGCAUGUCUUUGGGUAUUUUCAUGAUUGCUAACCACAAAAAGAAGGAUCUAUAAGCUUACAAAAUCUUUAUUGAAUUUCUUUGAUACUUUAAAAGGAUAAUCUAAAAAAGAAAUAAAACUAAACUUAAGAUGUAUUUUAUUCAUCCUGUUUUUUUUUUUUUUUUUUUGUAAAUUUGUACAAAUUCUCAAACCUCUUGAUUACUGACAAAUAACGAGUUUAUCUUUGUUCAGAAGUCACUCACCUGGGGCCUGUACCAUGAUGGUAGAUGAACAAAUUCAGAGUUACAGGAUUAGUU